CUGCACGAAUAUCGAGUUUGCAACUGGAAAAACCGUGUAACUAGGCCAGGAAACUUCCACCGCAAUUUUUCUCUAAAUACAAGCAAAAUGCGCAUGCGAUUGGCAAAGAAAAACCAUUACCUGAAGAAAAGUUGUGAUUAAUAUCGUGGGGGUUAGAAAUGGACAAAAUUGUGUCAAUAAAAUUACUUACAAAAUGCGAGCGAGGAAAAGGCAUCGUAUCAGUCUUCAACUCGUGGAAUUUCACACCAGCCCUUACCGAUAAUUAACGUAUAGAAACACAACGGAAUUUUUAUUUUCACACAAUUAAUACUUGUCAGGAAGCCAAAAUUUAACGAAUUUGUUCUAAAAUUCGCAAGAUGAACAGCACGGAAUCAUCUGGAAUUAUUCGCGCAAUCAACGACACGCCCGCGCUUUACUCGCAAUCGUAACAACACGAAAAACACAAAAAAGGAUGUCGUAACUCGACCGAAACCAUAUUUCUGGUUACUUUUAGGAACAUUUGUUGUUGUUGCUGUUUUUUUGACAGGUUUGAUCCAGUGGCGGUUUUGUCGGACCAACCCUAGUCAAAUGAGUAAAAUACCACCGGGUCUAUUUUAGUAAAAUUGAGCGGUAUGAGUCGAGUCCGAUGCACGAUUUGCCGGCAACGGUUGCCAACACUCAAAACACUAAAGUCCCACUACUUGUGUCAUUCAAAAAUUCAAAUAAUUAAGGAAAUUGUUAAAAAUAGCAUCAAUAAUGCGACACCGUUCCACACAAGGAAGAAAAAACGCAAAAUUUAUGACCUUUACAAAACUGUCUAUUUGCAUGACAAAGUACAAAUUAAAUACAACCACGACACUAUCAUAAUUGAGGAUGAUAGCAACACAGACAAUCUCAUUGAGUUAACUUUUGAUAAAGACAAGAAAGCCAAACGUAAAAAAGUCCAUGAGUCCAAACGCCGUCCUCGCAAAAAUAAGAAAUUGGAUAAACUGCUAAAAAUAGGUAUCAAGAAAAUCGUAGAGACCCCCAAAUCCUUACACCACCAAACUGGCGAAUUUUACGAGUGUCACUGCAUGGAAAAACCUGUAACAACCACCCCAGAGACUACACCUAGUUCCAACAAACAAAUCUACUGCACUUUUUGCGGCAGCGCUUUUCAGACCAUAGCUGAAUUACUCAACCAUGAAAGCUACCACCAGUACUACUGCAAGUUAUGCAAUCGGAUUUUUUACAUGUCCAAUCACAAAGAACACAUCUCACAACAUCUUCCGCGAAUUUACGUUUGCUACUUAUGCGGGUUUGAAUUUGGAUGCAAAGAGGUGCUAUUGGGACAUUUGGGGUACCAUUUCGAGCAACAAACUUUCGAAAAUAUCUUGAAUAUGGAGCAGGAUUAUAAUGUGUACGGCUUUUGUAGUCCGAAUUUUACCUCAGGGGAUUAUUAUUCUAAUAUUAGUAAUAUUUUAUUUUUCUUGACUUACCCCUACGACCAUAAUUAUAGUCGGGGUAUGUUCAUGAAAGUCGUUUGUGAUAUUUGUUACCGAGAAUUUUUCAUACAUGAUUACGAGCGACACAUGCAAACUGUUCAUUUUUUGCGUUGAAAUGAGAUUUUUUAAGUUUUAGGCUAAGGGAUUUUUG